AAAAUAAAAAAAAUACAUACUCCACAUACAUACAUACAUACACACACUAUGACUUUCGAGGUGCUGUUGGCCAGAGGGGAGGACCUGGAAGAGAUCAACAAGCUGAUCUGGUCGCCGGGCAUCAAGUGGUUCGGUAAUAUCCGGCCAAAGUAUCGGGGCAAGGAGUCCCUCUUUCAGAACUACCAGUCCCACAGGUUGGUGGCUCGUGUCAAGGCAACCUCUGAUUUGGUGGCCUACGCCGAAUUCCGCAAUUAUCCCGGCAUUAGUGCUCUGCCCUCGGAUUGCUGGAUGGAGUGGUUGUCCGUAAGAUACUGUUUAACCUUCGCCAUUAGCUGGCUUAACGCUUUGUUCUGUAACUUUUGCAUCUACAAACAUGACCAUCCGUGUGUGAUAGCUGAGAUCAUAAACGAAGUGUUCUACAUGGAAAAUAGGGUAUGGUAUCUAAUCGCCGUAAAGACGCCGAAUGUACGACAACCAAAACAUUUUAUGGAGACCUUCGAUGAUCUGGAGGAGCUAUCAAAGGUCUUUUAUCCCCGGGAAUAUUGUUUGGAAAAUAACAACAACACGCAAUCGCUUUACAUUGUGGAUCGCUUUGAGCUGUUGCCAAAGAUCACAUAUCGAAAGGCUCUAGCCGAGGACAACGAUGACAUCAUUGCCAUCCAAGAGGUUGAGAUACCUGAGUUGCGCAAGGAACUGGGCGACUUCUAUAUAGCCGAAGUGGUAAUGAGCCAGAGUUUGGGGUCGGAGAAAGACAUCCUUAUCGUGGGCGAGAUGAGCAACAAUGACCAGGAUGCCGAGAUUUAUGUUUUUAUGUGGCUAUCUACGGACAUUGACAUUCGCUUCUAUGUGCAAAACUACGAGGUCGGGGCCUAUGGUAAUCUGGUAAAAAGCGCCGACGGCCGUUCCUGCCAAUACGAAGCUUUAACGGUAUAUUCCAUUAACCGUAGGGCGCCGGUCAGCAUGUUCACGACGGAUGCCCUCACGGAUCUGUACAAUGUGACGAUUCUAGGAGGUUUACAGAGAGUUGAUAGUUGCAUGAGCGUGGCCAGUGCGGGCAAGAUAAAGAUGAGCUCGAUUAGAGGCACCAUUGUUGACGACGAAAAAAAUAACUUUUAUAUUCGGGAGGUCCUGCAUUCCAAGUUCAAAUACAUCAUUAAUAAGCUCACUAGUAACGAGUACUAUAUGCAAAAUGAACCAAAGUACAUAAACUUCGUGUACCCCACCGGUGUUGGUCCUUCCGGUCCAAAGGACAUUGAGGCGGCCUCGAAUGUCUUCCUGCUGAAGUGCAUUGUGGCGCGUGAGGGGUUUCCACUGCCACGACUCUUUAACUGCCUGGUGGCCACGUUCUGCGCUUAUCCGGAAAAGGACUACUGCAUUCUGUUAGUGCAGAAGAAAAACCGGAACAUCAGGAGUCACGUUGAGGUCCUGUCUUACUUCAUGCCCGUGAUGGCAAGGCCCACUAGUGUGUCCGACCUGGACGAAAUGUACAUCACCCACCGCAGCACGAUUUUUGGAGAGAUCAGCAUAUACGAAAUGACAAAGGACGAUAUGCCGGUGGUGCUUAGCCUGGCUAUAGGCAACAUGUCGGAGAAGAAUCAUACUUCUCUCUCUUCAGAGAAUGCCAGUGUCACCUACUGCUCCAAGGUCAAUGAGCGGGCGGAGCUGGAGCACGAGCUGCGAGUCCUCGAGGAUAUCAUGAUGGAUGUGCUGGAGAACGAGUUCAGCGAGUUCUUGGUAUUUACCAUCCGGUGCGGGAACUCAACGAAAUCCAUCGAGCGUAAUACGCCCAUUGGAUACGUGGUGCUUAGGCAGUUCCACAGCCAUUCGAAGCUGUUCGAUCACUAUCACCUGCCCCGGCAAGAGAAUCAUCUGGAUCAUCUUAGGGCGGAGAUCAUAUCGUUGCGCCUCCACCCACUCUUCUUAGUCAGCUCCGCACAGAUCUUUCGGGAUUUGGCCAGGAAGACGAACUUUUUCGACUUCUAUUUCAUCUCCUCGUUCAAGAAAAGCAAGUUCGGCAACGACUUGAAGAAAAUGAUGAUGGUCCUAGAGCCAAGGCCCAUAAAGAAGGCUCCUGUGCCUUUUAAGGACCACAUAGAAGUGAUGUCAUCGACGGCCCAGUUGAAUAUUCCCAAGCCGAAUUUCGACCGAGAUUACCUGAUCAUCUAUCGACACAGACUCAAACCGAACAAGUGGUUUACCAAUAGCAAGAAAAUUGUCAUUAUUGGCUUCACCCCCAUGACCAAGGCCUUCCUCCGCCGACUCAUAUUUCAGUGGAACACCAAAGACUUCAGCAACGCAAACAACUACACCUGUCUUAGCUGGCCGGAGGUUACGGUUAUCUGCAACCCAGGGGUUGUGGAAGCGGAGUACGACGACCUGUUCGUGUGUCCCUAUUGUGCCUAUAGCCGUGAUUGCUAUCUGUCGUACCAGAACGUUCCCUGCUACAUCCGGGACUGUUGUGCGCGCAUGGAUAUGCGAUACUGGGUGAACUUUAUACCCGGCAGAGUGCAGCUGGUGAACAGGCAGAAGAAGUUCGUGAAGGCGAAUGCCUGCGAUAUCUACUAUGACUCCUUGUUGCUAAUGUGCGCCCGGAUGUUCGUCUUAAGGGUGCCGAGUUCUGAGGUGGCCAUCGCUCGCCCGUGCAACUUUGUAGAGGUAAACUGUCAGUUGAACAAGCUCAUGCUUUUUCACAAGUUACGGGCUCUGCUGGAGGAUAUGCCGAACACCUACCAUAUCGUGGUUUACGGCAACAAUUUGUCCACCUACGAGUGCGUCACGUUCCUAAUUAGCCACGGCGUUGAGAGCUCCCGGAUAGUAUGCUUGCAGCCGCAUCGAUCCACCGGUAACGAAAUGGAGGCCAAGUUAAAGAGUCCGUACUGGGACACUAACCUGCAAUACAUUCUGAACGACAUCCUCGCUGACAGCGGCGUAAAGGUCCUGGAGGACUACAAAUUCCACCACUGGGUGUUGCAUGAGUCUGGUGACUUCAUUAGGCAGGUGGUCUUUCAGCAUUUUCCACGCCGCCAUCGGGUGAGCUAUGAGUGCGAUAUCUUCAUCUCCUUCGAGGAGGGUUACAUGGCACCACAAAACAAGAUAUGGAUUCAAAGUGCUGGCAUUGAUAUGGAGGGAGACGAUAUCCUGGUAAACGAACGCUACCAGACCAACGAUCCGAAUAUUUACGCGGCUGGCAACUACAUCAAGCUGCGACGGGAGUGCAACUAUCAGUACAAGUUCGUUAGCCAGCGAGAGACUGCCCGCAAGUUGUUACAUCAUCUGGGCAUUGCGCCUAUAAACAAAUUUGAGGACAGGUUCUCGGAACCACUUCACUUUCAGGCCAGACUGCCACUGAACUAUUUCAUCACGAAGAUCACUCUGCCGCGGAGAUUUCUCGCCAGCACGUCCAGCACUUUCGCCUAUAAAAUGACCACAUACAAGGAUAACACCUUCUGUCGAGUGGUCCUUUCGCAGACAAUGGUGGUGGAAGAAAUUGUAGUCGUCACGAAACUUGAGUGUUAUUUGGACUUCCUUCAGCACUUUUGUGGCAAGCACGAGUUGCUUUUAAAUAAUCUUAAUGCUCGCUAUAAGGCAAAUACGAUUCAAGAUUUUCUAAUGUGGUUUCAAGAGGCCUGGGCUGAAUUGAUAAUGCACGAGAAUUUUGAUGAAUUGCAGGUGGAGAAUAGAGGCAUACUGAAAACCAUGGCGGUGGCCGCCCAAAAUAAAAACGUGAACCGUGGUCCCUUCCAGGAUGUGACCGACCAAGACUUUUACGUUCUAAACAAGCGCUACGUGGAGCAGAGGCUGCUAAAUUUCCUAAGAGAGCACCGGGCGGAAUUCAAGCACAAGUUUGCCCUACCCGAGGAUUUCGUUGCGAUAAACCCGUUCUCAUGGAAUCCCGGCACGGAAGAGACAGACGCGUCAACGGAGACGUCAGAGCAAGAUUAAAUUAUACAAGGUAGUCCCGUCGAUAAAAGAAGUACUCCUUGUAAGUGACAUACACAACCUAAUUUGUUAACGAAUAACCAAAAAUCAUCCAAAUUCGAACGACGAGACUACCUUUUAUAAUUGUAUCGUGCGUCAAAGGACUAAUUUGUAAAACCGAAGCAGUCGGUUUCUGUACCUUCCCAUUUUCACGUGUAGUGCUCUCAACUCAGAUACACAACUCACAUUUUU